AUGCCCUUAAGGCUGCCUGUGGAGCCUCUGGAAGCCUUCCUGUGCCCUCCGGGGUGCCUUCCUGUCCACAGCUCCGCCUUCUCCCCGAGGAACGUAGUGCUCCUGCUGCUUCUCUCUCUCUCUUUGGAGGACACAUCUGCAUCGCCAGUGAAAAGAGACAAAAAGAAACCAGGAGUGUGCCCCCAUGAGAGGAUCAACUGUAAAACUCGAGGUCCAGAUUUGUGCCAAAAUGAUGAACAGUGCAUAGAACAGAUGAAAUGCUGCUCAUUCGCCUGUGGGAAGAAGUGCAUGGAUCCACUCAAAGAGCCCUGCCUGCUACCCUUAGACCAAGGAAACUGUAACAUUAAUAUCAGGCACUGGUAUUUUGACAAUAAACAUCACCUCUGCAAACCCUUUACCUAUGGAGGCUGCCUUGGGAAUGCCAACAACUUCAUCAGCAAGGAACACUGCAAAAUGGCUUGCACAUUUCUUGUCAAGGAAGGACAUUGUCCACUCUUCCCUUUCAAGGACCGUAUGGAGUGUUCAGCUCAGUGUAAGAGUGACAUCGAUUGCCCCCAAAGUGACAAAUGUUGUGAAUCCAUGUGUGGCUUUGUUUGUGCCAUGGCUUGGGCAGCCAAAUCAGGUUUCUGCCCGCACAAGCCUGUGGUGUGUUCCAAGAUUGAUAGACCUGUGUGCCUUCGGGAUUAUGAUUGCCCACUGUCACAGAAGUGCUGUUCACGUUGUGGACUGAAGUGCCUGGAACCUCAAAAAUGA